UUCAUUUUAUUCGAUUGUUCAUUACUUCAUCGCUUUACAGAUUGUGGAAUUAUAUUUACAUGACAAUUAUACGAGUACGAUAUUUAUUUGCUAAGGAAAAAGUAACAGUUCCACCAACAAGUAUUAAUUUGAUGCUAUCGUAGAGGGUUGUCAGAUUUUUUUUCCAAUUAUGGUAUUAACGAAGGAAUACCGCAUAUGCAUGCCGCUUACCACAGAAGAGUAUCGUAUAGGACAACUUUAUAUGAUUGCUAGACAUAGUCAUGAGCAAUCGGAUAAUGAUGAGGGUGUUGAAGUGGUUGAAAAUGUAGAAUGUGAUCAUCCGGAUCAUGGAAAGGGCCAGUACACAGAGAAAAGAAUUCAUUUGUCUAGUAAAUUACCUUAUUGGAUUCAGUCUGUUAUUCCAAGAAUAUUCUAUGUCACAGAGAAGGCAUGGAACUAUUAUCCUUUUACCAUCACAGUGUACACUUGUUCCUUUAUUCCAAAAUUUCACAUAACCAUAAAAACCAGAUAUGAAGAUAACAAUGGAUCCACAGAAAACUGCUUAGGUCUGUCUCCUAUUGAAUUGAUUCAUCGUGAAGUUGACUUUGUAGACAUUGCAUAUGAUGAACUUCCUACAAAGCAUUACAAAGCAAGAGAGGACCCAAAAUUUUUUCAAUCUAAACGAACCGGUCGUGGGCCGUUGGUAGAGGGAUGGAGGGAUACAAUGCACCCAAUAAUGUGUUCCUACAAACUAGUUCACGCCUCUUUUGAGGUUUGGGGUAUGCAAACUCGAGUGGAAGACUUCAUUCAUAGAUGUGUAAAAGAUAUUUUAAUACUCGGUCAUCGUCAAGCGUUUGCAUGGAUCGAUGAGUGGUAUGAUAUGACAUUGGAAGAUGUUCGAGAAUAUGAACAUAGGAUGCAAGCAGAGACUAACGAGAAAGUGCGACUCAGAAAUUCGAACAAUGAGAUGCCGACCACACCAACCUCACCAGUACCAAAAUCUCCCACACAGAGUCGAUCAUGAUUCUCUUGGUCAUCGCCGCUGUUCUAGAGGAAUUAGGUUAGCUGGUAGCCUCAUCUAGGGAACGUAAUUAAAAAUUGUG